AUGUCACGGCGCCUUCUCAACCGCGCUCGUCCCUCUGGCAAAGAUCCGUCUUCCUUCCGCGCCCCUGCCCCACUGCCCGACUACCAGUCACCGUCAUGUCGCCUCAACGACCACGCCCGCCGGGCCCUCGGCGACCUGCUAGACAACCGCGGCACUGCCUCCUACGAGGACCACCUGAAAGCCUCCGUCAGACAUCUGGGCCUCGGCGUCGGCGAUCUCCACGAGAGGCUGGCCACGCAGCAGGACCGCCUGCGCAACCUUCGCCGGAGACGGCUGGAAAAGGACGCGGACAAGACGGCCGACGAGGAGCGCCUCGAAACUCACCUGGCCCAGCUGCAAGAUGACGUCGACGAGCUCACGCGCGACUCCGAGCAGGCCCUGCGAGAUGUCAUUGACCACCAGGUCGAGGUGCAGCACCACGCGGCCGUGCUCGGCGACCUGUUCGCCAGCGCUUCGACCGCCGCGCCGGCGGGCCGUCCCCGCGCCCGAGAGUCCCGCCGACAGCGCGUCGGCGAAAAGCAAGAGGAUGAUCCCCCGAACCCCCCGGGGACCAUGGACUGGGGCGCCUCCCAAGACGACGCGCACGAGCCUGCGCCCAGCAUCGUCGCCGCUUUCCAAGAUGCCGUCGCGAAGAAGCAAGCCGAGUACGAGGCUCAGACCCACCACCAGCGGUACGCGUUGCACAACGACUACAUUGGCUUCAAGAAGAUCUGGCACGAUGCAGCAGCCGGCGGAGAUGGCACCCCCCUGCCAGACGCGUCGCAGUGGUUCCGCUCCGACGGCAGACCUGUCAUGUCGCGACCUGGCGCAAAGAAUCGACGGAGCACAAUGGGCGACGACGACGACGACGACGACGACGACGACGUUGCUGUUGCCAGGGAAUUCCUCAGUCUAAACUGCCCUCUCACGCUGCGGCAGAUGGAGGAGCCGUAUAGCAAUAUGAAAUGCAAGCACACCUUUGAAAAGUCAGCCAUCUUGGACUACUUGUCUGGCGGUGGAACGUCGCAAUGCCCACAGACAGGCUGCCAUCAGGAGGUUUCCAAAUCCCGGUUUGACCAGGACUUCUACCUCGACGAAGCCAUACUGCGACGCAUCAAACGAGCAAAACAGGCGCAACGCGCGACUGACGACAUGGACGUCGAGGACAAUGACGGACAGGACGACGUUCCUGACGAGUCCCUCGUGUUUGAGAACGAGAGGCGCGUGCGUGAGAGGGAAGCCAAGAAGGAAAGACUGUGA